AUGGCGUUACUCACAUCGUUUGUGUCUGUUGCGGUCUCGAUACUUUACACGCCGAUACUUCUAUUAAUCUUGUGCAUAAUAUUCCUGGCGUCCAUCGGCAAGUCUUUGGGUGUGCGGAGGCUGUACGUGAACAUACUUCUCAAACUUUUCGAGUAUGGCCGCCAACACAUCGAGGUGGCGAAGAAGAUCAGCAGGCUCGACAGUUCUGAUGAGGAUGAAGGAGCCACCACUCCGCCUGUGCCAAGCGACAAGCCACCAUCAGCUCUUAUCAAGGAGAACGGACUCAAUGGUACAAAAAUGACAGUAAUAGAAAGGGACGAGAUCCUCGGACCCUCGCCGGAGUUGAACUACAAGCGAAGCUCCAGCCAGGAGCGCGUCAACGGACACAAGCCUCAGGAGAAGGUCAACCUAGAGUUCCACCUGUCUCACUGCUUGGAUCUGGUGAAGGCAGGCAUGGAGUCCAUCAUUGAGGAUCAGGUCACCUCCGUCUUCGAGGCUGAGGAGUUGAGGAGCUGGAACCUCCUCACGAGGACUAACAGGCAGUACGAGUUUUUAACAUGGCGUCUAACCAUAAUCUGGGCUAUGGGUUUCAUAGUGCGCUACUUCUUCCUGCUACCGUUGAGGAUACUCAUCUUUAUAUUCGGGCUGCUGACUAUGCUAUCGACGACUACCCUCGUAAAUUUCCUACCUGAAGGAAGGAUACGGAAUUUCUUCGGAAGAAUUUCCUACAAGAUGUAUAUGAGGAUUUUGAUAAGGAGUCUUUCAUUCGUCGCUACAUACCACGAUAUGCAAAACAGGCCGAAAGCGAACGGAUUCUGUGUUGCCAAUCACACGAGUGUCAUCGAUGUUGCCAUGCUCAGCGUGAAUACGUGUUUCUCUUUGGUGUGGUGGCUGAUCAUAAGUACCGCGUGCAUCGGUACACUCCCGGACGGACCUCUGAAGCAGAAGACCAACUAUACCGUCUCCAUAAUGUGCUUCAACUUCCUCUCGCGGUGCAUAUCGGCGGUGGUCACGCACCACGACGUGCACAAUAAGCCGGCGCGCGGAGGCAUAUGCGUUGCCAACCACACGUCGCCCAUCGAUGCCCUCGUGCUUAUGUGCGACAAUUGUUACUCGCUGAUCGGGCAAAGGCACGGUGGUUUCCUGGGUCUGCUACAGAGAGCGCUAGCGCGCGCCUCGCCUCAUAUCUGGUUUGAGCGGUCCGAGGUGAAGGAUAGGCACGCUGUUGCUAAGAGGCUCAAAGAGCACAUAUCCGUCGCGGACAACCCUCCCAUCCUUAUCUUCCCGGAGGGGACUUGCAUCAACAACACCUCAGUCAUGCAGUUCAAGAAGGGCAGCUUCGAAGUCGGAGGCACCAUCUACCCUGUCGCUAUCAAAUACGACCCUCGCUUCGGCGACGCGUUCUGGAACAGUUCACGUCACGGCAUGCUGCACUAUCUACUCAACAUGAUGACGUCAUGGGCGAUCGUGUGCGACGUGUGGUAUCUACCAGCCAUGCAUCGAGCGCGAGAUGAAUCGGCGGUGGACUUCGCAAAUAGAGUAAAGGCCGCGGUCGCAAGGCGUGGUGGCCUGGUUGAUUUGCAGUGGGACGGCCAACUAAAGCGAAUGAAGGCGAAAAAAGAAUGGCGGGAGCUACAACAGGAGGAAUUCAGUAAACGGUUAAAAGGAGAGUAAAAAACCAGUGACGAUACAGCGGAGCUGUGACACGCCGUGCGGAGCUGUGACAGUACGCGGUGCAACGCUGUGACAUCACGUGACGGGGAACUGUUACAGUAACAGUGACAUGACGUGUCGAAGAAUUGACGGUGACUUGGACCUGUUAUAAUAACAGUGUCGCUGUGACAUCACGUGUCGAGGAACUGACAGUGUCCCGUACCUGUUAUAGUGACGCGGAGAUGUUACAGUAUGUGUGACAGUGACGCGGAUCUGUGACGAGAAGUGUAACGGUGACACGGAGCUGUGACGACGUCACGUGGAACUGUGUCAGUGACGCGCAGCUGUGACAGAACGUCACGUGAACUGCGGAGCUACCACAAUACGUGUUGCGGACUGUGACUGUACGCGGCAGUGUAACAGUGCGUUAUUCUGUGACUAAGUGAUUUAGUGUUGUGACUUUACCGGACGCCAUAUUGGAUUGAAGUUUAUUUAUAGACGCUAUGGCGAGGGAUUUUAUGGAGAGCAUUCUAUGACACCAGUUUUAGCUUAUUCAAGCUAAGAAACUGACAAAAGAUUGUAAAAAGCCAAUUUCUAAAUAAUGUCUCAAUCGACCAUUUUAAAAAGUUAUAAACUAUUUAAGUAUGUUUAUAUUUGUUGUCUGGUACCCAUAGUACAAGCUUUGCUUAGUUUGGGACUAGAUGGCGCUAUUGG